AUGUCAUCAACUUCAACAUCUUCAUCGUCAAAGUAUAAAUUAAUUUAUGUUAAUACGCGCGGUUUUGCCGAAACAUGUCGUCUGUUAUUCAAAGCAGCUGGUCAAGAAUUCGAAGAUUAUCGAUAUCCAUUCACCUUCGCAGAUGAUGGGAAACACCUCAGCCCAGAGUGGGAUGCUGAUAAACACAAGUAUUUAAAUGAAAAAAUUCCAGUAUUAGAAGUUGAUGGAGUCACUAUUAGUCAAUCGAAAGCUAUCGAACGAUUUUUAGCUAAACGUUUUGGUAUGGUUGGUGACAAUGAUUUGGAAGCAGCACAAAUCGAUGCAGCUGGUGAACAACUUAUCGAUUUAAAACAAGCUUACAUGAAAGCCAAAGAACAAAAAAACAAGGAUAAUGGUGAACAACUUAAAACUUUUUUUCAAGAUACUUUAACAAAGUCUUUUCAAGCAUUUAAUAAACAAGCUGAAAAAAAUACUAGCAACCGUGGCUAUUUUAUUGGCAAAAAGUUGUCGUUAUUCGAUAUUCAGUUAAUGGAAUUCGCUCAUUUCUUUGAUGAUCAAGAAUCGGUACAAAAAGCAUUGGAACCAUGUAAAGCAUUAAAAGAAAUUAUUAACAAUGUUGAAAAUAAUAAAAAUAUAAAGAAAUGGAUAGAAGAACGACCAAAAACACGUGUUUAA